AGUCCCAUCUGAAUCUGAAACCUCAAUUUGUCGACCAUAUGUUUCCUACUGGUUCUGCGCUCCCCCUGCAGUUGUCCCGGCUUUUUGUCUCAUAACAACUUAUUGUAGUAUCGCAAAAGUUUGACUUUAUUAUAGGCACAGCGUCAGAUCCAAAGCUAUGCGCACUGAUUCUUUGUUGGAAGUGAAGAGCAAAUUUGAUGCUGAGUUCCGCAGGAUUAGUAUCGAUCUCAACAGUAUGACUAAGUUUGAUGACUUCUACAAUGUUCUGGAAUACGUCCACCAGCUUCAAACCAUUCCUUUUGUCGUUCAGUAUGUGGAUCCGAAAAACUCAGAUCUUCUUCCUAUUAAUAACGACAAAAAUUUUGCUGUAGCAUUAUCCGUGUCAAGACCUUUACUGCGCAUUUUACUGCAGCGGAAAGGCAAGUCCUCUACUUUUCACAUUUUCUGUCUAGGUGAAAGCUACGGGGAAGUUUAUGGUUACAAAGCUGCCAAAACGAAUAAACUCCAUAAGAGUCCCGCGAGUGCCUUACGUUCCUUUGGAAGCACCGACAAAUUCAAACCUCCUGACAAAUCAAUUAGCAUACAAAAUGAUUUCCAGCUAGUCUCCUCUAUAUUAGACGUUAACAUCGUUCCCAGGGAGUUACGCCGCGUCCGUCUUGUCCGCAUUCCAAACAAACAAUUCGGCUUGUACAUCCGUAAUGGAGUCAGCCAUCAUCACACUUUGAACGGAUAUGAGACUGUGCCGGCAUUCUUCGUAUCUCGUCUCGAUCGCGACGGUAUUGCAUAUAGCACCGGGCUUUUAGCUGAAGAUGACGAAAUAAUUGAGGUUAACGGAAUCGAGGUAUACGGCAAGACGAUGGACCAAGUCACAGACAUGAUGGUGGCCAACAGCUCUAAUCUAAUCAUCACCGUCCGCCCGGCUGACCAGCGCACUUGCUUACCUCCUACUGGUCGGUCUGCUCGCCCGAUUCAUACAUCAACCUUGCCUCCUUUGAGCCACCUGUCCGCGUCUACCCCACAGAGUGAUCGUUCCAGAACUCUUAGUGACCUACCCACAGUGUCAGCCCUCCGCGCUCGUUCUGAUCGAUCUGGUGCUUCCUACGAGAGCCCGGCGGAUGAUGAUGAACUGGAUGAUGAUCUUACCGCUGGAUUAAUCACUCUCUGACAGUAAUUUUUGUCUCCGUGUUCCUUCUGAAGCGUCCCAACCUUCUAUCAAAUAUUGUAAGCUCACCGUUAGGGCUCCCAUUGCACUGUUUUUUGUGACGCGCACAAAUCACCAACUCGAGACGAUUGUCAACCAGUCUUAGAUGCUGCAUGUAAACCUUCACUCAUUUGUCGCUCAUAGACUGCUCCUCACUGCCUUAGUUACGUAACACAACAUAUCAAAUUUGACUUCACUCUAUUUCUCACAAUAACACCUUUUUGUCUUUCGUUCUUUUGGUGACUUUUUUACGAGCUCAGGAAUCGCUCGCCUCCAGCCAAUCAGGUGCAUAGUUCUCAUUCCACCUGUUUGCUUAUCUUCUACUACAACUGCUGCCUCUUUAUCUAUUUUGCACUUUUUUCUAAUAAAAUUGCACAAUGCACUGUCUUCUAA